UCGGAGUCGAUCGAACGUAGUUUGUCUACAUUCAGUCCAGCUCUGGGGGGUCGCGAAAGUACGUAAGUUUAAGGUGACAUUUGCCGGGUUUACAUUUUUUUUAUGAAACAUUAACAAUCACUCAAGAAACAUUCGUUUAGUGAACUGUCCGGAUCAACUUAGUGACUUUUAAAAGUGUAACCAGUGACUUUCGUAAAGCUUUCGAUACGGUCGCGUUUGCAUUAAUGUGUCAGAGGAUUGAUUUUGGGGUAGGAAGUUGCUGAAGCAUUUAUGGGUGUAAAAAACGAGCAGGCUUGUCAGCAGUGCCAAGCAGAAAACGUCGAGUGUAAGGACAAAAAAGGGUUUUCGCCGUUAAAGAAGAUGAAGGUCCUCAAGAAAAUCAAGAAGAAGAUGGGACUAGCUUCUAGAUCCUCAUCUCAUACACAUAGCACAAACAAUCUACCUCCACUGCUGUUUCACAACGUUCAUGGUGAAAAUAUUAGAAUAUUCCGAGAUGGUACUGUUGCCAAAAGAGUGGAAAGCUUUUGUAAAGGAAUUGCUUUCAGCAGCAGACCAGUCAAGGUUAACGAAAAGGUUUGUCUAAAAUUCUUGGAAAUCUCUAACAACUGGAGCGGUGUCAUUCGCAUUGGUUUUACUUCAAACGAUCCAACCAAUAUGCGUUAUGGACUACCGAAGUAUGCAUGUCCGGAUCUUACCAACAAACCCGGAUUUUGGGCGAAGGCACUUCCAGAAAGGUUUUGCAACCAAAACAACAUUUUGUUCUACUACGUUACCUCCACCGGAGAUGUACACUUUGGGAUUAACGGCGAGGAGAAAGGAAUCUUUUUUGGAGGCGUGGAAACCAGAGGUCCUGUAUGGGCACUAAUUGAUGUUUAUGGAAAUUCGACUGCCGUGGAAUUUGUUGAUAUUAGACAUCAGCUCAACAACUCAAGAUCAGCCGUCACACCGACACCGCCAGGGUGUGAGGCACCAGUGCCAAUUGCUCAUCCACGAACACCGGAUCCAGUAGAUCGGAUAACAUAUCCAAUGCAGCAACUGCAUAUUCAGCAAAUACCUAGCCAGCCUCAGAUUCCCACUAGCGUAUCGCAGAGCCAAGAUCUCAAUUUGCCUCUUCUAAGGUUCCAACCGCAUAACGUUAACUACCAAGCGAUGCCGUUGCACAGGACUAGAGGAAGAAAUGUCAGAUUUUGUGGUGGAAAUAGAAGUGUUGCAAUGAGGACUGACACAGAGUUCUGCCAAGGAUACGUUUUCACAGCCAGGCCUAUUCAAAUCGGAGAACGAGUGGCUGUUCAAAUACUGGCUACUGAACCAAUGUUUCAAGGAUGUUUAGGAUUGGGUCUUACUUCAUGUGACCCAGGAAGUCUUACCACCUCAGAUUUGCCAGAUGACUCAAACUUCUUACUAGAUCGGCCAGAGUAUUGGGUUUUAUCUCGGGAUUUUGCAAGAAACCUUAAUAAAGGAGACGAAGUUAGUUUCUGUGUAUCCCCGACCGGAGAAGUGCAGAUUUCUAAAAAUGGAGGAGCUCCCUUGGUGGUUAUGCAUGUGGAUCAAUCCCUAAGGUUAUGGGCCUUCUUUGAUAUUUAUGGUUCAACUCAACGUAUCAGGGUGUUAAGCGGUCACACCCCAACCAACUUGACCACUAGUCCUUUAAGGAAUUCAUCCAGUCAAAGUAUUAUAGAUAGGAGACAUAUUGCAACGAGCGAAUCAAUCAAUAGUCUUAAUAUGCAAAAUGAGCUCUCUAGACAAGGAAGCAAUAGUUCUAGACAAAGCUUGGUGGUAAGAGAUGCUGAAAUUCUACCAGUACAUGCUUCUAGACCAACUCAGACUCCUCAAAACGGACGGCUGUGUUUCCCUCAAGCCGAUAUACAGGUUCAGCCAGCUGCUAACGGAGGCGCAGUGCUCUCUGUGAUUCUCCCGCCAGCAGCAGCAAUAAAUCACCACGGUUAUGGAAAUCAUACCUCUUCGCCAAUGUCACCUGUUACCACUAUAAUGGCGCCAGUUCCGACGACAUCUAGCGCCAUUGCAAGUGGAACAAUGAUGAGCAACUGCAGCGCACAAUACGUCGAGCCAAUCACCGCCUCAGAUUCCAGCACCUAUUCAACUCCUUUGAGCUGGGCAGAACAAAAUGGCACUGGUACUACACACACACUAACGGCCGGCGCUGAAUGUACAAUUUGCUAUGAAAAUCCGAUAGAUGCCGUUUUGUAUAUGUGCGGACAUAUGUGUAUGUGCUACGACUGCGCAUUGCAGCAGUGGAGAGGUAAAGGGGGCGGUCAUUGUCCCCUAUGCAGGGCUGUUAUUAGAGACGUUAUUAGGACAUAUAAAUCGUAAGAUGUCUUUGAGUUUAGUUUUGAAGUUGUAGUAAAUACUAGUCAAUAUUUAUAAUUUAAAAACAUGGUUUUUAAUGGAUUUAAGUGGUGGUUACUAAGUCAAUGUAUUUCUCUUUCAAUAUUGGUUUGUCUAAAAAGUUAACAAUUUAUUUAAGAAAAAACAAUAUGGAAGUGGAAAUGUAUGUAGAGUUACUAUCAAAGUGCUUCCAACAACUGUAGAGAACUUAUAGUAAGACUGAAAAAAAGAUUUUUUUAAAAGUUUCUCAAAAGUUUGAUUAUUAUUGGACAUGAUAGUUAAACUUUUCUAUGAUAUGUAUAAUUUUAAUACUUUGGAAGGAGUGUGUUAAGUAUAUUAUGCAUUUUAUAAUUUGUAUUUAAAUCAUAUGAAAAGUACACCAACCUGUAAAGUCUCCAUAUACCUCCAUUCUCAAGAAUAAGUGAGACUUUUUAAUCUUUAGUUAACAUUGAGAUAACUAGCUGCAAUUCAAGAAUCUAUUGAAUGCUGUUUAGUUUUUUUUUCGUUAGAUUUUAAAAAAAUUGGAUAUAAAGUGGCUUGCACGUCCUAUGCCAGUAAAUUUCCUGGUUUAAUGAAAAACGUAUUUUAAUAAGAAGGAACCUCUAAAUUUCCCUUUAAAGAUUAUUCUUCUAAACUUUUGCUGCAGCCCUUUAUCCUAACCCUCUAUGUUAACCGACGGUUAAAAAAACUUGGAAAGAGUUUAACCAAAGAAUGUUUAUCAUACUUAGUUAAAUACCGGCUAAGUAUCUUAGCUAGUCGACAUAUUUAGUCAUAUCUGCGAAUAAGCAGUUUAAACAUUUAGCUUUAGCGUAUUUGUCUUAUUUAUUUGUUAUUUUCGAUUAGCAUAAGGUUCAAACAUUUUUCAGGAUUUAGAUUAUAUUUUUUAUACCAAAUAAAGGCCAGUUUUAUACAUGUCGUAUAAAUCCGCUUUAUAUUUGCCCAUCCCCAUUUACUUGUUAUAUAUUAUCCAUUGUUGUAGUGCGUAUGUAUAUGUAAUAAAUGUGACUCUGAUGUUUCUGUUAAUUUAUAAAACAUUCAAGUUCUUGAUAUUUGUAUCGAAUAGUGUUUGUACAUAGUAUAGUUGUUCUAGUCAUUAAGAAUACGUACUGAGUUAAUGCAGAAAUGUUAUUAAUAUUAUUAUGCAA